AAUAUCGAUGAUGUCAAUGCUUGUGUAUGAAAAAACUGUCUGUCAGAUCACGUUGCUCAGAAAAGCAUAAACCAUUUGCCCAAUGUAAAAUUGAUGAUUCCAGAACGGGUAUUCUCAUGGAAGAAUUAAAAUGCAAAUUGACUGGUGGAACGCCACAUAAACAUUACGGAUUUUUGUUUACCUGUUGCAAUUAUGAAAAUAACUGUAUCAAAAGCACAGACAAGAGGAGCGAUUACUUCGAUUCUAUCAAUCUAAAUCCGGCGGUAACCCAGUGUAAAUACACAAUUAAAUUAAGAAACAGAAAUGUUUGUCAAGUGAGGCUAGAUUUUGAAGAACUUGUAUUGGCUGGAACUACAGCAGUAACCUUACCUUCUGAAACUAAUAAGCAAGUAUAUUUAUGUACAACUGAUGAACUAAGAGUUGGUCCCAGUUUUUACGGAAUUCCACUGUUAUGUGGAAAUAAUUCUAACCAGCACGUUUAUGUCCAUGUGAACCAAUCAGAUGACCACGUCAAUGCUAUUACCCUAGAAAUUAACAUGGCUAAUAGAUUGACAACACUUAAUUUGUUGAAACCAAGCUGGAAAAUUAAGUUUACUCAACUGGAAUGUCCUUUGAAGAAACACCGAUUUGAUAUCAGCAAGUUUUCAGAUAUUGAUGAGAUAGCAAACGAUUUUAGUUUAUUGGCUCCCCAAGGUGUAAUACAGUAUUUCAGAGGACACUCUGGCGAAAUAAGAUCUUUUGGUUACAAUGAUACGACGACUAGUAGUUACCUAAGCUAUCCCUACUCAGAAUAUUACGCCAUUGGAUUUCAUAGGCCGAAUUAUGUCUGUGGAAUAAAAUUUACACCAGUCUAUUUAAAUCUCUAUAAAGAUUCCACUGGAUGUGUUCAUUACCUAUACAUACCGGAAUUAGUGUACGGAGACAGUAGUAAAAAUAGUGUGAGUAGUACUGGAGGAGUGUGUUCUGCAGAUACCAGUACUAUAUUUUAUAGUUUUGUCCCAGGGCCAUUUUACAUCCAUUUCAAAGCUAUAGGAACCACUGCAGAUACCAAACCGACACAAAACCAAGGAUUUGUCAUAAAAUACGAAUUAAUAACUUGUUAAAUAUAUUCUGACAAUUCUGACAAUUUAG